UCCACUCCAUUGUAACAGCUAGCUACACUCGGAUGUACCUCUUCUGUAUAUAAAGGCCUCCGCCUCUCGAUGAAUGAAUACAGCGAUUCUAACUGUUCUUCUAGAAAUACCUCAAAAGUGCGCAACUUGAGCACUUGCUCCAGCUAGGAAUUCUGGUUUUAAUUUCCUCAACAAAGCGACUUCCUCGCUCGCGGCAGGUUGACUCUCUCUGCUCUCUACUCCGGCCUCCGUGUCCAGAAGCCGCGGAUCCUAGACGGGAAGACCUCAAAAACUGAGUGAUGGAGGCCGCGCUGGUGAGCGCCUCCCAGGGCGCCGUGCGGAUCCUAUUAGGGAAGCUCGGAAACGUGCUUGCCACCAAGUACGCGCUCCUCAGCGGCGUACGUGGGCAGAUCCAGGAGCUCAAGGACGAACUGGAGAGCAUGACCGGCUGCCUCCGCGACCUGGCCGACCGCGACGACCACAGCCAGCAGACGAGGAUCUGGAUGAAACAAGUGAGGGAGGUGGCGUUCGACGCGGAGGACUGCAUCGACAAAUUUUGCCGUCAUCUCGGCGAGCAUCCCGGAGACGAUCGAGGACUAGCGAGCUACCUUGGCAGGAUAAUCAGCCUCCUGCGAACGAUGGGGUUGCGGGCUAAGCUGGCCGCCGAGAUCAGGACGCUUCAGUCUCGUGCCAAGGGCGUGAGCGACCGGAGGAUCAGGUACAGGCUAGAAGAUGCAGCGGCAGGUGAUCCUCCCAGCUCGCUCGAUCCUUCCAGCUACAAUCUGCGCCGCUGGCUUCCAUCCGGCGGCGGGUCAGGCCUCGUCGGGAUGGACGGCUGGACCAAAGUCGUGGUCGGCCUGCUGGAAGACGGCGCGGCACCUCGCCGGCGGGUGGUGUCAAUCGUCGGAUCCGGUGGCCUCGGCAAGACCACCCUCGCCACCGCCGUCUACAACAGCCCGGCGCUACGCGACAUCCAGUGCCGCGCUUUCGUCGCUGUAUCCCAGACCUACGAUCUAUGGUCCCUUCUGGAAUCCCUGCUGAAGCAGCUUGUGGUUGUGCCGGCGCAAAUCUCUGACGACCAUCCCCUCCGAGGAAUCAAAACCUGGGGCAGAACCGAAUUCCUCAGCAAGUACACAGAACUCUUGAGGGAUAAGAGGUAAGAAUAUAUUAUGUUGAAUUAAAUAUUUAACUGUUUGCUGCAACUGCAAGCGAUAGGAUACUACAUACUGAUAGCAAAAAUUCAUGCUUUGUAUACUUGCAUAUCUUUAAUCUUUGUAUAUAUACUUGCAUCUCUAAAAAAAUGAUGAUGACAUCAACUAGAUGUGUAUGUCACGUCUAGAAGAUACUAUUGGAAUUCGUCCACGGAUCGAUCACAUCAAAAUCAACGAAUACGCACAUGUACAAAAACUUUUAUAUAGCCAACAGUCCUUGUCAUGCCCAUAUUUUUCUCUUUAAUAGCAAAAGAGCCCGUGCGUUGAAACGGGAGAAAAAAAAUACCACACGCACGUAACCCAAUAAGCAUGACUUAUAAAACCCCAAUAGGUCUAGGCCCUUCAUUUCAACACAUGGUAGCCCAUUCGUGUUUCCGCUUAUCCUCCUUACCACCCUCGCCGAUGGUGGCCACAGUGCUCACACAAUUACAACGUGUUUGAAUGUGGUCGAUCCUAAGGCGUCUCUCUCUUGACAUAAAGAUGAGCAAUCUGCUUUUUUCUGUGAGGUCUUGAUGAGGCAUGCAUGUUUGGUUAUAGAUGAUUUCUUCUGUCUCCAAUCUAAUUUUUCUUAGGUGUUCAUUUUCAAUCUGGAUCGUCACCGGUAUGAAAAAUAAUGGACCUUGCGCUAUUGUCUAAGAGCAUCUCCAGCGGAAACAGUUUUGGCGCGAAAGCCUGGCGGAGCCCUCAGCGACCGGGCGCGUUCAUCGUCCUCAUCACCUUGGUUUUCCGCGAAGAAUCAAUGCCAAAGCUGCUGCACCGGUUAGCCUUCCAUUGAUGCCUCACGGGCGGCACAGUGAAGGUGCGUGAUGCACAUCCCGCCACGCGUACACACGUAGGCCGCCCUCUCACCGCCAACGCAUGGCUAUAAAAGCCGCCCUCCCUCGCCGGUGAGCGCACACUCCAUCGCCACAAAACCCUCUCCCCCUCUCGACCUCUCAC